GCAUGUAUAUAGAAAAUGCCUUUAGUCAACAAUCUCAAUGAUAAAAAUACACUAGUUCAUAUGGAGCGUAGCAGCAGUUUUGAUGGUGACAUGAUCUAUAAAGAGGAACAUGGUUCAAAUGAAAGUCUUUUAGCCAAUUAUCUUGAACCACCUCCAAUACCAAUUUAUAAAGUAAAUGGGCAUUAUUGUGCAACUGAAGAAACUAGCUUGCAUUGUCACACUAAAGAUACAGCUAAACAACAUGCAACACGUUUAGCUCAGCGUAAACUAAUUGUUGCUAGCAUUGUGUGUUUACUUUUUAUGAUUGGUGAAUUUAUUGGGGGAUAUUUUUCAAACAGUUUGGCAAUUAUGACUGAUGCUGCUCAUUUGUUAUCAGAUUUUGGCAGUUUUAUGAUUAGCUUAUUUGCAUUGUGGCUUGGCACUAAAAAACCUUCUAAAAAGUUAUCUUUUGGUUGGCAUAGGGCAGAGGUAAUGGGUGCCUUCCUAUCAGUUCUGAUUAUUUGGGUAUUGACUGGAGUUCUUGUAUUUGAAGCUAUUAAACGUGUCAUGAAUCAUAAUUAUGAACUUGAUCCUGUUGUAAUGUUGAUUACAUCUGGAGUUGGUGUAGUUGUUAAUAUCGUACUAGGAAUAAUUUUAGCCAAGACUGGACAUGGUCAUUCGCAUGGUCUUGGUGGUCAUAAUCAUUCACAUGGUGUUUCAAGUUCACAAGAUCAAAGAUCACCAAAUGUUUCUAAUGAAUUAUCUAUAAAUAAUGAAAAUGUAUUACUUAUUCAAAAAACAAAAUCAAAAGUAAGAAAAGACCUUAAUGUUCGUGCAGCUUUUAUCCAUGCUCUUGGAGAUCUUGUCCAAAGUAUUGGUGUUUUUUUUGCAGCAUUGAUUAUAUAUUUUAAGCCAAAUUGGAAAAUUAUGGAUCCUAUUUGCACGUUUCUGUUUUCGUUGCUUGUUUUGUUUACAACUUUAACAAUUCUUAAAGACAUUCUUUUAGUAUUGAUGGAAGGCACACCAAAAGGAUUAGAUUUCAAGGAAGUAUUUGAAGAUUUGCAAAAUAUUCAAGCUGUAAAAAUGGUUCAUAACUUACACUUGUGGUCAUUAACUAUGGAUACACCGGCUCUUUCAGUGCAUCUGGCUAUAGAUGAUUCUAGAUCGACUCACAGCGUACUCCGAGAGGCGCAAACUCUUGUGUCUCGUAAAUAUGAUAUUCACCAUUCUACAAUUCAAGUUGAGAAGUUUCAAGAUCAAAUGGAAAAUUGUUCAAUGUGUGAAGUGCCUAAAGAUUGAUUUUUAUGAAAUUUGUUACUUUUUUACGAUUUUAUAUUUUAAGUUAAAUUAAAAUUUUUUAUAAUUUAAAAAAAUUAAAUGCACUAUUUUUUCAUUUUUAAUUUAUAAUUGUUAAUGUUAUAAAAUCUUAAUUUAUAAUUGGUAAUGUUAUAUAUAAAGGUUUUGUACAUUUUCUUGAACUGUUCGAAGAAAGUUUA